UUGACUCAUCGGCUGAGACAUUUCCCGUGAAUCAGAUGGAAAAAAAGGGAGUUACCGCAGAAUAAAAGAUGCCCCCCCCCCCUCCUCCUGCUCCCUCCAUUUAGCUGAAGUCUCUCCUGCUUCCUGCUCUCAUUUCUCUUCUUUGGAGCCUAUUAUUAAUAAAAGGUUGCAGCCACAAGAUGGCGCAGUGGCAGGAGCUGCUGAAGCUGGAGUCUGCGCUGCAGAGCCAGGUGAGGCGGCUGUAUGAGGGACGCUUCCCCACGGAGAUCCGACACUGGCUGUGCCACUGGAUCGAGAGCCAGGACUGGGGUUCUGCAGCUGUGGUCGAGGACGCAGCAAGAACAUGCUUCCAGGGCCUCCUGGAACAUCUGCAGGAGCAGUGGAACCGCUCCAUCCAGGAGAACAUCAUCCUGCCGGGGCCCAACUUCUCAGGGAUGAGGGACUUUGUGGUGGAGAACUUCCAGGAGCAGCCCAUGAACUUGGCGGCUCUUCUGUCUGAAUGUCUGAAGGAGGAGAAGAAAAUCCUGGCGUCGGUCGCAGAGAGUCCGACCUGCAGCUCUCCUGUCAUGACCUCCCAGUGGACCCAGCUGGACAACAAAGUGUCUCAGAUGAAGCUGCAGAUCUCGGAGCUGAAGAAGGAGGUGAAGACGCUGGAGGGUCUGAAUGAAAAGCUGGACUACAUCCAGAAGACGUGGCAGAGCAAAGUGGAGCAGAACGUUGGACUGGCCCAGUCUCAAGCUCUGGUGGAGCAGGAGUGUCAGAAGAGGUCCAUCUUCAUCAACCAGACCAAGCAUAUCGUUCUGCAGCAGCUGGUGACCAUUUUAAACGAGGCGUCUCAGAUCAUCACCACCCUCACCGGCGUGGAGCUUCCUGAGUGGAAGCGCAGGCAGCAGCUGGCCUGCAUCGGGGGUCCAGAGGACACCAGCCUGGAGCUGCUCCACAAGUGGUUCACGGCUGUCGCCGACGUUCUCCUCGCCGUGCGAGAACAGCUGCAGAAGCUGCAGGAGCAGGACCAGAACUACACCAACUCCUCCGGCCUCUCCACAUCUAUAGCGGAGAUGGACGGUUUCACCCGGACCCUGAUCAGGAAUCUGCUCACAAACGCUCUGGUGGUGGAGAAGCAGCCCGUCAUGCAGAACCUGCUGCACCGACCUCUGAUUCUGAAGACCGGGGUCCGCUUCAAGGUGACGGUGAGGUUCUUAGCAAACCUUCCUGCUUUUAAAGAUCAGCUAAAAGUCAAGCCUGUGUUUGACAAGGAUGUUGAGGAAGUGAAGACAGUCAGUGGAUUUCGUCUGUUUGACUUCACGCGUGACGACAGCAAGGUUCUGGAUGUGGACUCGCCCAACGGAGCGCUGAUGGCUGCGUUUGAGCACAUGUCACUCAAGGAAAAAAAGGCCAGAACUAAAGGCUCAUGUGAGAGUCCGCUGACGGUCACCGAGGAGCUCCACAUCAUACGCUUUGUGACGGUUCUGCAUCACGCUGGAGAGAAGUUUGACAUUGAGGCGAGCUCCCUGCCUGUGGUCGUCGUCUCCAGCUCCAACCAGGUCCCCAGCGCCUGGGCCUCCAUCAUGUGGUUCAACAUGCUCUCCAGCAGGGAACCGAUGAACCUGUCGCUGUUCAUCAAUCCUCCUCCGCUCACCUGGGAGCAGCUGGCGCCGCUUCUGAGCUGGCAGUUCCUGUCCGUAGGCCAACGGCCGCUUGAUCCGGACCAGCUCUCCAUGCUUCACGACAAAAUCGUUGAUAAUCCUGAUGGUCUGGUGCACUGGACCAAGUUCUCCAAGGACGAAAGCGUCUGGAUGUGGAUCGACGGAAUCCUGGAUCUGAUCAAGAAGCACCUGGCCGAUCUUUGGCAGGACGGCUACAUCAUGGGGUUCGUGAGCAAGCAGAGAACCAGCUCCUUGUUGCUGAAUAAACCAGCCGGGACGUUUCUGAUCCGAUUCAGUGAGAGCAUCCGAGACGGCGCCAUCACCUUCAGCUGGGUCGACCAUUCCAAUGGAGAGAAACACAUCCACGCCGUGGAGCCCUACACCAAGAAGGAGCUGUCUGUGCUGUCUCUGGCCGACGCCAUCAACCACUACACCCUGACCACCCCGGGCCGCAGCUCCACCAACCCGCUCGUCUAUCUCUACCCCGACAUCCCCAAAGAAUCGGCCUUCGCACGCUACUACAAGUUCUCAGGACCUUCUUCAACCAACAAGAACAUAACGGAGUACGUCCACAGGAUGCUGGCUGUUUUCUCCGUCAACCCGACGCCUCCUCCGUCUCCACCCAGAGACUCGCCGCUGAUGGACAUUGAUAUGGACAUUAAUCAGACCGACUCGUCCCAGAAGUUGGAUGAAUUUCUGACGGACUUACUGGACUUCCCAGAAUGGUCACAUCUCCAGACGCUGCCUCAGGAAAGAGUCGCUGAUUCUGUCUUCACCUUCCAGGAACACGGAUCACUGACCCAGUGACCCAGAACUACUUCAUAUCUUUUAUAAAAGGACUCAUGUAUGUGUUUAUCAUGGUCCUCCAUGUGGAAACGAUGUAAAUAAAUGUUUCAGACUGAGA